AGCGUUUUGGGUAGGAGUUACACACUCUCAGAAAAACAUUUCAGAAGGGAACAAUAUACACAGUUAAUGGUAAAUAUUUAUUGGUACUAAUAUGCACCUUCCAGGGGUAAAAAAGGUACAAAAUUGUUCCGUUUGAAAGGUUACCGCCCCAGUGACAGCUUUUGUAUCACUUUUUUGUUUAUUGCUUAUUGCUUUACACCCAAAGUGCUUUUCAAUCAAAUGAGGGGAUCUCUUCUUAACCACCACCAGAGAGCAGCAUCCACCUGAUGAUACAACAGCUGUGGUUUUGUCCUUUUCUUGAGCUGUUCCUUUAAGAUCAUCUGAUUUUAGUAUCACAGCCAUGCUAAUAAGCCCACAACAGGUACAUGAGUCAUCCAGGAAUGCUGGAUGGCCAGACACUGAAGACAAUGAUCGUGUCCGACUUCAGAAGACAGGUAACAACCACAACCAAGAGGACACGGAUGGAACUGCAUCUUGAAAAAGUCUUUUAGUAAAUCUGCUCUUUUAGUUGAAGUGCCCAUGGGAAUCACUGCAGACAGAAACACAGCUGUUUUGCACCAUCAUGCCAACCAGAAGUUGAAAGGCUUUGUGGAGAUCGACACAUUCAUCCAUUGGGCUUCAAAGCAAAAAUCUGAAGAUUAGAUGCACCUGUUGCCUAUUUAUACCUGUAUGCACAUGGCGUGGCUCAGGUAUGCAAAAUUCACUAGACUAAUUUAAUUGGUGUUUUUUCUUAAAGUCAGAGAUGAUUGGGGCUCCCAAAUGAACCCUCAUAUGUCAUCACAACAUAACUCCUAGUGAAUGACAGAUAGGGAACUGGAUCUGAUUGUACCCAGAUAAUGAAAUUCCCAGUAGAGUCCAAAAUGAACAUGAUUUGCAUGUUUUCAGAUAAACUGUAUAUCGGUUUUCAGCGGCUCAUAAGCCAACGGUUUCAUAUGUUGAUGCAUCACACUCUCUCAACUCUUGGACUGUGUACUUUAUCUAAAGAAGGCCGCUGUCUCUGGGGAAUUAUGUUUGUACAAAAGCAGAAUUUGCUGUGGCUGAUGAUCAUCUGUUGUGCUACCUGCCAGAUAACAGGUUCAGAAAACUCGACAGAUGAGUGUUUCUGGAACAGCAGUAACUCAACAGUUCCAGUUAUUACAUGGACCUGUCAAUCAGGUAAUGGGUACUUUGAAAAUCUGGAAGUUGUUGAACCCUUAGAAGCAUCAGGCGCAAUCGACGAACUGGAGUCUGAAAUGGAAGAAAUGGAAAAUAAAAAUAUAAGCAAUGCAGAGAUUGUCAUUGGGAAUGCUAACGGUCUUCUCCAAAUACAUGAUGAGAACACAACAACUGAAGACAUGUGCUACUCAUCAAAUCAGAACAUGAUAAACGUUGUUGACUGUCAAAGUAUCCCAAAUACAAACUUUCCAUGGGCUGUAAAGAUUCCCAAGGAAGCUGUGAAUAAAUCACGACAGGAAAACAAUGGAUGUGCAUUUGUUGCAGUUCUACGGUUCAUAAAUAUGAUAAACAAGAAUCAAACGAAAAACCGGACUGUUUUGAACAAUGAGGUUUACGGAAUAGCGAUGAAGGCCAAUAUCACCAACCUUACUGACAAUAUUGAAAUGUUCUUUAAACAGAAAGUUCCGGUCAGUAAGGCAUCCUGCAUUUCUUGGGAUGGAAACGGAGAACUUAACUGGACGACAUUCGGCUGUGAGACAGAAACAAUCGAACAAUCAAACACCAUAAAGUGCACCUGCUCACAUCUGACGUUCUUUGCCGUGCUGAUGAUUCAGUCAGAUACAAAUGUAACAGGGGUGCAUUUACAGUCAUUGACUUUUAUCACUUCUGUCGGCUGUGGCAUCUCCAUAUUUUUUCUGUUCAUGGCUUUAUUGAUGCACUUCCUGUUUCGGAAAGCCAAGUCAAAUCAGGCCACGAAGAUCCUGAUGAACAUGUUUGCGGCUUUGUUUCUACUGAAUGCCUCGUUUUUGUCAAACGAGAGCGUCGCUAACACAGGAGACAACGCUGCGUGUGUCUUCAUAGCGCUGCUCCUGCAUUACUCCAUGCUGGCCUCAUUCACCUGGUUCUUCAUUCAAGCUCUUCAUAUGUACUUAUGGCUCAUCAGACAGAACGUCUCCAUCACAAACUACAUGAGGAAGAUCACUGUGUUGGGCUGGGUGUGUCCGGCUCCAAUAGUCGUAGUUAUUGUUUCUGUAGGAGGAUAUGAAGCAGUGAUUCUAAACACAACAUCUGGAAAAAUCAUACAAAUGUGCUGGACUACAAAUCCUUAUAUUCACUACAUAGUGAACAUCGGCUACUAUGCUUUAGUUUUCAUCUUCACGGCAGGAAUCUUCAUCAUGAUCGUCACUAAGAUCAUUCAGUCCAGAAUCAUAAGAUCGACUGAAGACAAGAGAAAGACGUUCAGAAAGCAUCUGAUGAUGGUGUUGAGUUUGUUCCUGCUCUUCGGUCUGACGUGGUCUGUGGCGUUCUUCAGUUAUGGACCGAUGCUCAUUCCCUCAUAUUACAUAUUCACUGUGCUGAACUCGUUUCAGGGGUUCUUCCUCUUCCUGUAUUACUACCACAUUCACAAUGAUGCCGCGGGUCAGUUCUCUGAUGAUCCAGAAAACACUGACUCCACAUCAACCAUCACUUAAUCCAGCAUUAAUGCUGCAGAAAAUAUUAAUAUCUAUCAUACUUAAGACAGAAGGCUUUCUUUCUCUCAGACUUCUUUCUCUUAGAUUAGAAGUAGGUAUGUACAUAAAAAGUAUGACUCUAAAAAGGCUCAGUUAUACUGAAGUCACUCAAAACAAAUGACAAUUUUCUGUUGAUCAUUACUAAAACUCAUUACUUGUAGAAGGAUUGAAUUGUGCUUUCAAAUCUCUGAUAUGAUCUGAUAUGUUGAGCAUUAUAAUCAUCCAUAUGUGCUCGUGUGUGUGUGUCAGAGCGACUCAAACAACACUAAAAAAAUUAUUUGUAAAAAAUAAAAUAAUAAAUACAUAUUCAAAUUAGGAUGAAUGUCGACAAGCCUUUGGAUUCUGACAUUUGCAUGGUCAUUUUAUAAAGCAGCUCACUAAAAUCCACAAACACGGAUGUGAAACAUAUUUGGUUACAGGAAACACACACACACACACACUGUCAGAAUCAGUGAAUGCAUCUGUUUUAUGUUGCUAAUUAUUAUCUGUUAUAUUUCUCAGCAUAUUUUAUGUGAUUCUAAUUGACCCAAUAAAAUACAUUUCUA